AUGGUAUUUUCCUGGCAAGGAAACCCGGAAUCCGGGCAUCUGCUUCUCUUGAUUCUGCUUCUCUCGGUCUGGAAGGAUACGUAUAGUAGACAGAUUCACUACUCGGUCCCCGAGGAGGCCAAACACGGCACCUUCGUGGGCCGCAUCGCCCAGGACCUGGGGCUGGAACUGGAAGAGUUGGUGCCGCGCCUGUUUCGGGUGGUGCCCAAGGACCGCGCAGACCUUCUGGAGGUAAAUCUGCAGAAUGGCAUUUUGUUUGUGAAUUCUCGGAUCGACCGGGAGGAGCUGUGCGGGCGGAGCGCGGAAUGUAGCAUCCACCUGGAGGUGAUCGUGGACAGACCGCUUCAGGUUUUCCAUGUGGAGGUGGAAGUGAAGGACAUUAACGACAACCCUCCUGUAUUCCCAGUAACGGAACAAAAGCUGUUUGUUUCAGAAUCCAGGCCGCUUGACUCUCGGUUCCCACUAGAGGGCGCGUCGGAUGCAGAUAUUGGAGCUAACUCAGCUUUAACCUACAAGCUUAACUCUAAUGAUUAUUUCAUGCUAAGCGUGAAUUUAAAGAACGAGGAGAAUAAACAGGUUGAGCUAAUAUUAAGAAAAUUCUUGGACAGAGAGGAUGCUCCUGAACACAAUUUACUCCUGAUAGCCACCGAUGGAGGCAAACCUGAGCUCACGGGCUCUGUUCAGCUGCUGGUCACUGUGCUGGACGUGAACGAUAAUGCUCCUAGUUUCGAAAGGUCUGAAUAUGAAGUGAAACUAUUCGAAAACUCAGACAAAGGAACUACAGUUGUGAGACUGAAUGCUUCUGAUCGGGAUGAAGGAACGAACGGGGCAAUUUCCUACUCUUUUAAUAGCCUUGUUCCACCCAUGGUUACUGACCAGUUUAGUCUAGAUGCAAACACUGGAGAAAUAACAAUUCAAGGGAAUUUGGAUUUUGAACAAAUAAGUUUAUACAAACUCCGCAUUGACGCGAUGGACAAAGGCCACCCUCCAAUGGCGGGUCAUUGCACCGUUUUAGUGAAAGUUUUGGAUGAAAAUGAUAAUGUUCCUCAGAUUGCAGUGACGUCCUUAUCCUUGCCUGUCCGGGAGGACGCUCAAUUUGGUACGGUCAUUGCCCUGAUCAGCGUGUCAGACCGUGACUCUGGAGCUAAUGGACAGGUGACUUGUUCCCUGACGCCUCAAGUCCCCUUCAAGCUGAUGUCCACUUUCAAGAAUUACUACUCGCUGGUAUUGGAUAGUGCCUUGGAUCGCGAGAGCAUAUCUGAGUAUGAUUUGGUGGUGACUGCGAGGGAUGGGGGCUCGCCUUCGCUGUGGGCCACUGCCAGCUU